AUGCCCGGCUCGCAGAUACGGGGGAUCGACUCGGUCCUCAAAGGCCGGUCUCCCCCCGAGCCCUGGUCAUCUGUCACCACAAUUUCUGCCAGAUUGGAGCCUCGCGGUGGCCAGCCACGUUUCCACAACCCAGUUCCCACUUGCGGCGCCCAUUUGGGCUCGUCGAGUCAUCACCAGAGCUCAGGAAUCGAUGGCAAGCCCUGUCAAUGGGGUCUUGGUUCAUCUCCCACGAGCAAACAAUGUCCACAGUCUUGCAACGUUUCGUUGUCGAUGGGCCAAAAAGAUCGAGCGAUGGGUUCGGCGCAUCUUGCUCAUCCGCUCAAGUAUAUGUACCAAACGUUGCUAUAUGAUAUCCAUCUCGCUAUGAACCAAUUUUGUCGAGAAAUGCGGUAUGCCGAGUAA